UGCCACUUCCUGUUUACAACGGGGUUGACUCUAUUACUUCCGGUUGAUCUACUUUAGCCUCCAGGAGCAGAAACUCUUCACCCACGGCUAGCUGCCUGCUAACGUAACGCGCAGCCGCAAAAGGAGCAGCAGCAGCAGUUUCCAGGGCGACCAUGAACAUCCUGCCGAAGAAGAGCUGGCACGUGCGCAACAAGGACAACGUAGCGCGCGUGCGGAGGGACGAAGCGCAGGCGGCGGAGGAAGAGCACGAGGCCCAGAGGCGCGUGGAGCGAGCGGAGCAGGAGGCUCGGACAGAAUAUCUGAGGAGGAAAUCCAGAGCUGCACUCCAGACGGCAGGAAGACGAGGAGAAGAUGGAGAUGAUGGAGGAGGAGGUGGAGGUCUGCAGCAUCUCAACCUGUUUCCUCUGGAGGAGUCCUUGGAGAAGAAGGGCAAUGAGGAGUAUCUCCGAGAGAAGAAGGAGGAGAAGGAGAAGCAGGAACGAACCAUCGGACUCCUGGUGUCUUUGGGACCUCAGCCGGGAUCGGAGGCGAUGCCGUGGUACCUGAAGGGCAGCAGAGGUAAAGAGGAGAGGCCUGAAAAAGAAAAGAGGAAGAUGGUGAGCGAAGAGGAACGAGAGAAGAAGGAUUGCAGACUGAAGGACAGUUUGGAUCCUUUGAAGGACAUGAAGAAAGCUUUAGGGGUUAAAGACCGACGGGAACACAAGAAGAAGGACAGAAGAGACAAAGGAGAAAGGAGGAGCAGUGGAGAGAGCUCCAUGGAACGAUUGCGAGCCGAGCGUCUGCAGAGGGAAGCCGAAGAGCGAAGGAAAGCUCGGGCUCUUCUGGAGCAGCGGAGCGGCAAAAGGAAGGAUCCCGGGGCCGAGUUAAACGACAGAGAACGGCCGUACAAUAGCGCCUACUUCCCCGAACUCGCUCGGAAGAAACAGAGGAGGGACCGGGACAGCUGGAGAGACGAGAUUCUGAAGUCCUGAGCUCAUCUCUGUUGGACGGUUUGAUCCUCUGGAGGUUUCAGAGUCGACAAACUGAAGCCAGAAACUGUAGGAACUGGAGAUCUGUGGGAUUUUCUGCUUUCUUACUGACCCUGAACUUGUUCGAUGUGUCGUUCUGUCUGGAAAUUAACUGAAACACUCACUCAUGCUGCUCUAUGAGACGUUUAGAAAGCUAAAGACGUAAAAAGCUGGAACAAAAUAAUUGAAAUAAAUGUAGAAAAACGACCCAGAACCUCUUAGAUAUCACAGAAUUUGUGUCUGAAAUGGCUCAGUUUUACCAAAAUGACCAAAACUAAUUGGAACAAAAUGACCACAGAGAGACAAAACUGUCCUAGGAACAUAUAAAACAACCAAGACAAAACACAGAAUGAGACACAAAAUGACAGAAAUGAGACACAAAAUGACAAAAAAAGACAAAAAACAACAAAAUCAAGCCAAAAUAUGACAAAAAUGACAUAAAAUGACAAUGAACAAUCUAGUAUUUUACUUUCUGAUCCAAACAACUUGUCAUGGUCCAGAAAUGAUUUUAAAUUUAUAGUUUUCCUAAUUUACAAUCUGCAGUUAAUGUCUUCUCUGGAGUUUUACACUUUGAGGGCCGGAUUGGACCCUCUGGAGGACCACUUUUGGUCCACGGGCCGCAUGUUGGACACCCCUGGUUUAGAGCAACAGAGAGGAUUUAAAGCGUUUGGUCGAGGCUGUAAAAAUGUCAACAGUUAAAAUCUGUUCUGUGUUGGUGGACAUUUAGAUUUUAUUGUAAAUGUUAAGAGUUUCUCCUCUUUUUUUAUGAUUCCAUGUGUGUGAGACGUUUCUGAGUUUCCACGGAGCUGCAGGAUCUUAUAUCAGUGAAAAAUGAACCAACAGUGAAGAAAAACGAGAAUAUAACCCCCAGAAACCAAUCAGAGGUUUACAGUCUCCAAGCAGCUGGAUUUGUGAACAUCAGGGUGGCUUUUAGGACCCAGAUGGUGUCUUUAUUCAUUUAUUGAGGUUUAUUAUGAAUUCUAUCCAUUUCAGGUGAAAACUCACCUAAAAUGUGUGAAUUUGUGCUUUUUUUUGAAUGAAGCUCUUUAGGUUUUGUCUGUAAAAUGAAGCAAAUGUUCAGUAGCAAUAAAAGAAUAGAUGCUAAA